AUGUGGAAACAUGUAUAUCAAUAUACUAGGAUUAUCGAUGAUUGUGAUCUCGCUAGGACCACUAACAUCAAAGGAACGUUCGGUUACCUCGAUCCUGAGUAUCUGCAGACGCACAUUUUGACGGAGAAAUCCGAUGUGUACGCCUUCGGUGUUGUUCUCCUCGAGGUCCUAUGCGCGAGACCGGCGCUCGAUCGGUAUCUCCCUCACGAGGAAGUGAAUCUAGCGGAGUGGGCGAUGUUCUGCAAAUCGAAAGGGGUAAUCGAUGAGAUCUUAGAUCCGAAAUUGAUCGGUCAGAUCGAGCCGAGCUCGUUGAGGAAGUUUAUGGAGAUCGUGGAGAAGUGUUUGAAGGAGUACGGCGAAGAGAGGCCGAGCAUGGCGGAUGUGAUUUGGGAUCUGGAAUAUGUGAUGCAGCUUCAGAUGACGCCGAUUCACAGAGAGCCUCAUGAAGAUAGCGACGCGACUUUCUCCGCCGGUGGUGGCGGAAGCUCGUUGGUGAUUCCGAGAUUGAUGGUGAGUGAUUCGUUUAGCACCAACUCGAUUGUGCAUAAGAGCAGCUAUGGAGAAGGUACUGGUACAGAUUCAUCGGAGACUCGAGUUUUCUCCCAAUUGAAGAUUUCUGAAGCCAGAUAA